CAGCCAGCAGCCAGCAGCGAGCGGGUAAAUGGAGCCAACAACACCGGGUGCCAGUCGUCGGCAGUUCGCGCGCAGGCGCCGCGAGCAGCAGCAGCAGCAGCGCAGGACACGCCUGAGUCCCGUAUGGAACUCCAACUGGAACAGCGACAAGCGUCCGCCGGUGCGAGGCUCCUCCAACGUGGCAGUUGUGCGGCCCAGCAGGAGCUCCAUGGAAACCACAAAGACCCGUCCAGCCAGCACUUGUCUGCAUUCGCGGGGGAUGCACUCCUUCUCCAACCCCUAUGUGGCGCUGCUGCACGGCAAGGAACAGGCGAAUGGCGGCGUUGGGAAGAGAUGCAACCGAAUGCCGGUGGCCCCAUGCCCCAUGGCCUUCGGACGGACGUACACUGCGCCGCAGCCUCCCACUGCCAGCCAGGCGGCCAAGGGCGGGCAAAGCACAAAGACCGGCUUAGUCCGUAAUGCAGCCGUCAAGGCCAAGGUGGACUCGCACCUGUGCUCCAGCUCGGAUCACAUGGUGCCUUUGGCGAUGGAGAACAAGGCCCUGGCCGAGGCCCACCAGCAGCUAGAUUUGCUCAUCACCGGGAUCGAGCGGGAGAGCUAUCAAAUGCCUUCGACACGUCCACCCCCACGCCGCCGCCGAUCCAGAGGAGCGCGAGUCCAAAGCGGGAAAGGAGUGCGCUGCCAGAUGGGUAAACCACCGCCGGUGCCAGCCGGCUCUCCCAUGCUGAGUGCCCGCUACAAGAAGAGUGCAAGGGAGGACGCGGAGCAGAUCCGACACCUGGUACCGUUGGCAUGCAAUCCACAGCUGCUGCCCCCGGCGCGGCGAGAGGCGCUGCUGGAGCUGUUAUCGCGUGCCGAGCAGCACGACAAUGGCAUAGUGGAGCUGCUGCGGCCGCCCACGGGCAACUCCUCGAGGAACAACAGGCUGACGAUGCUCCAGAUGCUGCCUUUGAGCCUGGAUGAGUCGCCGUACGGCAAGCAGAUGUCCCAGAAGUAUCUGUGCCAGCCUGGCGGCGCGGGCCUGCGAACCGACGAUGAGCGCUUCAAGGAGGCGAAGAUCCUGCGCAGUCCCACUGGUCAGGUGCUGCUGUCGCGCACCCUGGAGGAGGAGCUCAAGGAUGAGCAAAUGGUGCUUAACUUCAUGGAGGAGAAGCUCAAGUGGCGGCAGGAAGCCUCUGCUGGUGCCCAGCAGCUCAACGAGCGCCAGCAGCAGGCCAUGCGGGAGCGGGCCGAGCUGGAGCAGCACAAGCAGCUGGUGAUCGAGUGUCGGGAGCGGCGGCGUCAAGCCGAUCUCAAGAAGGAGCUCAAUCAGCGGAAAGAUAUGGUAAUUCCGCGCAGAAUGCUGCCCAAAGUUGUUCCCGAAAGCGAGGAUGAAGCGAAGGACGCUGCGACCUGGUGCCAUCUCCGACGAGGCCAUCAAAUAUCACACUCAGAAAUGUUCAAGGCGGUCGAUGAUCCCCUGAAUGAGCUCCUCGAGCGGCGACAUCAGUUCCAGGUACAUGCUCAGGCCAUAGCUUUUCCCAAGACCAAGGAGGACACUCCAAGGAGCAAUCAAGCCUCACACAUCCCACAGCAAUGCGUGGCCAAGGCCGUAGACCUCGAUGAUCCCCUGCAUGAGCUCCGCGACCAGCGCCAUUUGUUCCAGAUGCAUUCGCAGGACUGUUGCCUCUACAGAAACGCCCGAAGCUCCACGCCCUGGGAGAUCUUUGCCAGUGUGGCCGCGACCUGCAUCCAGGAGUUGUUGGACGACGUGCUGGCCGCAGACAGCGACAAAGAUGAUUCUGGCGACGAAUCUGAGAUCGAAUCUGACUGAAUUCCCAAGACAAAUGGCAACAUUUAUUUGCCAGCAAAUUGAAAGUAAUUCCAAAUUCAGA